UCGGCUGAAGCGACGGAGCCCGGUGUCCCUUUAAGCUACCCGGCCGCUGCCCGUCCAUCCCCGCACAGCAGCGCUGCUGGCUCCAGGAAGCAGUGUCUGGACCCCAGCAGCUCGGAGAGACGGAGCCUGUGACUGGUGAGGCUGCCGAGCAGGGCCAGGCCAGGCCCUGCCCGCAGGGACACCCCAGCCCUUCCCUGGCCCCUGGGCCCCAGAGCCCACCAGGCUCUCCUGUCGGCCCCACCAUGACGUCGUCGGAGCCCACAUCGCCUCCGGUGGUGCCGCCGCUGCACUCCCCCAAGUCCCCCGUGUGGCCCACCUUCCCCUUCCACCGGGAAGGCAGUAGGGUCUGGGAGCGGGGCAGCACGUCUCCUCGGGACCUGCCCAGCCCCCUGCCCACCAAGCGGACCAGAACAUACUCAGCGACAGCCCGUGCCUCGGCUGGCCCCGUGUUCAAGGGCGUCUGCAAGCAGUUCUCACGCUCUCAGGGCCAUGGAUUCAUUACGCCCGAGAACGGCUCUGAGGACAUCUUCGUGCAUGUGUCUGACAUCGAGGGGGAGUACGUGCCGGUGGAGGGCGACGAGGUCACCUACAAGAUGUGCCCCAUCCCACCCAAGAACCAGAAGUUCCAGGCCGUCGAGGUGGUGCUCACCCAGCUGGCCCCCCACACGCCCCACGAGACGUGGUCUGGCCAGGUUGUGGGCUCUUAGGUUGGGAGAGGGGGAGCCAGCCCACAGGGCGGGCGGGCAGGUGGGCAGCAGCCGGUUCCACAUAUGCCCCACUGUGCACCUGUUUGUCGUCUGUGCUUGUGGCCGUGUGUGUGCGCCUCCACCACCCUGUGACCUGUGACUGUUCUGUGAGUUGGCCUGGAGCUGGGUGGAGGGGAGGCUGUUGGACCUGCCUUCUC